UUGGAGCUAGUCCAGUGGGCAUGAUCGUCCCACCUGUAUAAUGUAGAAAUAUAUCAAGAAAAAAAAUUGCAGCUAAUUUGAGGUGCCCAUCUUGUUCUGUCUUCCGGCUGGGUCAUUUCUUCAUUUCCGUCAACCUUCUUUCUCGCGCCCAAACAGGAAUUUUCUCGUUCUAAAAAAUUAAGACACUCUCCACCACCAUCGAUCGAUCGCAAAAGGACAUGAAUCCCAUGACGAGCGAGCAUGGAGGAGCCUAGUUCUUGAUCCUAUCUCCCAACAUGCUUGACGAACGCGACGACGACGAACGUUGGUCGAACGCCGCAUGCCAAUGCGGUUGAUCUCAUUCCGAUUAUCAAUAAUACGUCGCGAUUCGGGCGGUUGAUUUUCUUGAUCAUGCACAAGCGAUCCAAAUCCUGCGAGCCGUACAGCAAGAUGGAGGAGCGUAUCGGGUGCACCAGCAAUGCCGCGACGUCCUGCGACGACUCCGCCACCGGCAGGGCGCCGUCCUCGGCGGCCGCCGCGGCGCAGUGCUCCACGGUGUCGGUGUUCCUCGCCAAGAUCAACGGCGUCGCGCGCCUCGUCACCGCCGUCUGGAGCAAGAGCCUCAUCAACCAGUCCUUCACCAUCUCCAUCGACCGGCCCGGGCCCGGCGGCGGCGGCGGCGGCGGCGGCGACGGCGACGGACCGGUCACCCACAAGGUGGAGCUGAAGCCGUGGCCGUUCUGGAGCAAGAAGGGCGGCAAGGCGAUGGACGUGGGCGGCGGCGACCGCGUCGACAUGUUCUGGGACCUGCGCUCCGCCAAGUUCGCGGCGGGGGGGACCAGCCCGGAGCCCGCCGGCGGCUACUACGUCGCGCUGGUCAGCAACGACGAGGUCGUCCUUCUCCUCGGCGACUGCAAGAAGGACGCGUACAAGCGGACCAAGGCCCGGCCGUCGCUGGAGGACGCCGUGCUGGUGUGCCGCCGGGAGAGCGUGUUCGGCCGCCGCAGCUUCGCGGCGCGCGCGAGGCUCGACGCCAGGAGGAGCAAGGAGCACGAGAUCGUCAUCGAGUACGCGCUCGCCGCCGCGGGCUCCAGCAAGGAUCCCGAGAUGUGGAUCACGGUGGACGGCUUCGUGCUGCUGCACGUCAAGAGCCUGCAGUGGAAGUUCAGGGGCAACGAGACGCUGCUCGUCGACCAGGCGCCGGUGCAGGUCAUCUGGGACGUGCACGACUGGCUCUUCGCCGGACCAGGCACGCAGGCGGUCUUCGUCUUCAAGCCCGGCGCACCGCCGGAGAUCCAAGAGGACAGCGGAGGGAAUGGCAUCCAGGGUGAAGGGACUGACUUCUGUUUCUUCCUUCAGGCAUGGAGGACGGAAUGAGGCGGUGACAUAUAGGAUAGGGGUGAAAUUUGAAGGGUAAGGCAAUCAUCAUGUCCUUGCGUCACUGAUCUGUUGAUAUGGAUGACAUUGAAAGCUUAUCCAGCUUUACAAAUUUGUAACGAGGAACACUUCAAGUGAAUCGAAGUUUCUGUCACUGGAAA